GGAAGCUCUUCAGGGGAAAGAUCAUCCAUCACGAGGUGUACAUAUGAUCAAACAAAGGCAUGUAGGUGGCAAUAGAAGAUUCAUUUGCAUCUUUCCUGAUCUUCUGCCACCGUGAAAAUAACUAUUGAUCUAACUGGGCUGUUCCACGGAGAUCAACAAUAAUGGACUCCGCAUUAGGAGCAUUGUCUUCGAUUUCCAUAGCCGAGGAUGGGAAAUAUGCCGCUCAGUUGAACGGUAAAGAUACCAUCAUUCAUCUGAACCCUACUUCUCCAGACUUCAAGGAGGUGCAGAUCGUCAAAGCCAAGGAGAAUGUGACAAAGUUCUUGAAAUUUUCGCGACCAAGAUCCUUUGGGCCAGGAAACACGCGUCGUGAGCAAGGAAAUGGCAGCUUAGCGCGGCGUAUGCUCGUUGCUAGUGACAAUCGCAUCUUGGUCUGGCAAUUGAAUCCUUUGCAGCUUCACGCAGAAAUCGAGAGCGCCGAGCCUGGGGCAACUAACAUCGACUUCGGUGGGGACGAAAAUGAGAUAAUAGUAUUCCAUGCGUGGAACACGAAAACAACGAUAUUCUCUCUGGACACUGGCCGAAGUCAGGUUAUCAAGACGCCUAAAUUCUUUCAUUAUAAUAGCUUUGGAUAUCGACCGAAGACGAGGCAAUUUGCAAUCCUACUAAAGCCAGAUACAACUGAUAUAUUGACUAUCCAUGAAUUUCGGUCUUAUGAACUGGUCAACCGAGCAAUUCUUCCCACGGUGGAUGCUCAAGGAUUGAAAUGGAGUCCAGAUGGUAAAUGGAUAGCUGUCUGGGACGCCGCUAGUACAGGCACCAAGGUCUUGAUUUUCACUGCCGACGGCCAACUUUUCCGGACCUAUUCAGGACCACCCGAAUCUGACAGUGUUUUCGAUCUUGGAGUGAGGAACAUAGAAUGGAGCCCCGUGGAUGACCGCACCGGGCUUUCAAAUUAUUUGGCUGUCGGGAAGGUUGAUGGAAACAUAGAUAUUCUCAAGAACAAGACGUUCUCCUGUUCUACCUCACUCUCUCAUGUCUUUCACAUCGAUCCAAACUCCCCUAGUAUUUGGCGUGAGCGGUACGCAGACUCGGAUGGAGAUCUCGAAUAUGCUGAAGCAUCAGGUUCCUCUGCAUUUAGCACGGUUACAGAUCCUUCUGGACCUCCGCGUGGCGUAUCCAUCAUGGCAUUUAGCUCUGAUGGGAGUCUACUGGGCACUGUAGACCAGACACGUCCAAAUAUCGUUUGGGUGUGGGCAUUGGGAUCAACACCGGGGCUUGUGACAGCUUUGGUCCACGAACAUGCAGUUAGACAGGUUAUUUGGCAUCCGUCAAAGACACAGCUGCUUAUAACCACGGCCAACAGCUCUAUGGCUGCGGUCAGGUAUUGGUCAUUGGAUAGCCAGCCGAUGGUUAUCCGUGUCCCUAUCCCUCGAAAUGAAAGCGGAAGAUACGACGUGAGAUGGUUGUCUUCAGGCGAAGACGAUGAUUCAAGGUUCUGGUUUGGCACACCCGAAGAUUAUAUUCUAGGUGAUAUUCGGGACCAGGAUGGUACUUUGCAGUUCCAAAGCUUUUACUCUGUGCAUGGCAAGGUACAAACUGGUAGUUAUAGCGGAAACGCGAGCAGAUAGCCUUUUAUGAUGAUGAUUUUGAUGAGCGCAAACCCAGCAACGUGGUUCAAGAACCGCAACCGGACCACCUCAAAGUAUAUAGAACGACAGUAACUAAGUUCAACUACAGAGGAAGAUCGAAUUCAAUCUAUUCCCUUCCAUACCUAUUCAAUGGCGUCAUAGCAAU